AAGCAGCCGUGCUCGCUUUUUUGCUUACGCACGCGCCUCUCUCAUUAUUAGCACUGUUUUUUUGGGCAGUGACGGGGCGUUGUAGCGGUGGGUGGAUUUUGUUCGCUCCUUGAAGGUUUUGGGCACCCCUUCAGAUGGCGAAUGGCCAAAGUUAAGCGUUGCGUUGGGCGCAAGACACGAUUCAGGAGAGCGGAGCAAAGAGAGAAAGAUGGCCUACCGAGGCUUCGAAGGGAAGAAGCACGCCUCUGUGUAUCAGAAGUACCGGAUUGAUCCACCGGAGGAAAUCCAAAAGUUAAUUCUCGGGUAUCUGGAUAAAAAAAAAGAAAAACCACAUGACCUGGCAGUGGACGUGGGCUGCGGGACUGGCCAGUUGACGAGACAAAUUGCUUGUCAUUUUAAGUCAGUGGUGGGGACUGAUAUCAGCAAGGCUCAGAUUGAAGAGGCUAGGAUGAUGCCUGGCUUCCCUAAUGUCUCUUACAAGGUGUGCCCUGCAGAGACUCUCCCCUUUGACAACAGCUCAGUGGAUUUGAUCGCCGCCGCUACAGCUGCUCACUACUUUGACACUGAUAUGUUCCUUAAGGAGGUGGAGAGGAUUCUAAAGCCUCAGGGGUGCAUUGCCUUACUUGGUUACACUUCAAAAUUUGAAUUUUAUUUUCCUGGAGCUCACCAUGGACGUUUAAGUGAAAUUUAUGAGGAGGAGUGCAGGCCUUUCUUUCCCUACAUAGCAGUUCAAGGUGGCAAAAAUGACACAAUGUUACAAGAAAUGUUUGAAGCUAUCGCUUACCCUGACAAGGAAAGAGUCGAAGAUAUUAUAUACAAGAUACGCAAACCGGUAUCUGAUAUUGUGGGGCUGACCGAGUCUUUCUCACCUUAUCAGAACCUGUUAAAGGCAGAGCCGGAUGUUGCAAAUGCAGUCUUGCAGAGAAUAGAACAAAGAUUUCUAGAGGAGAUGAAGGUCUCAUCACCUGAGACAGAGCUGGAAAUGUGGGUGCAUUACUACUGUAUAUUGGCUUCCAAACCAAAAUAAGGACAAACAGAUAUAUGAUUUGAUUGAUCACAUAUGGCAUAUUUAAUCAGUCAGUCGUCGUUCCACUUAGACGAGGUUCUGCUUUUUCAUUUUUGCUAUCGGCUGUGCGUCAAAGGUGCAGCUCCAUAUUGUUUUUGUAGUCUUCUGUCUUUCUUUUUUUAUUCUUCAACCAGCUUUUAACAUUUUUCUAACAAUGAAAAAAAAGUGAAAUUUAAAACCAAAAAUAAAGUGCGAUGUGCAGUA